GAAUCGGAAUUUUCAUUUUCACAUUCGAUUUUUUUAUUGAUUCAUUUUGAAAGUUUAGUUAGUUUCUAUCAAAACAUCAUCUCUGUGCAAUGAAUAACGACGACGAUAAUGAUGAUGAACAACCAUCUACAACCAUAACAAGUUUGACGAAUGAUUUCGGUCAAAUCAAUUUAUUAAAUGAUUCGCUAUCGAAUAAUGUGGAUGAUCAACAAAAACAACAACAACAGUCUUCAUCGAUUGAAUAUAUUAGUUACAAGGAUGAAACACAGAUGCCCGAUAUAAUGCGUUUGAUACAAAAGGAUUUAUCCGAACCUUAUUCAAUUUAUACAUAUCGUUAUUUUAUUCAUAAUUGGCCACAAUUAUGUUUUCUUGCUAUGGAUCAAAAUGUUUGCGUUGGAGCAAUAGUUUGUAAAUUGGAUUAUAAAAAAAGAAAAUUAUUACGUGGUUAUAUUGCAAUGCUGGCCGUUGAUGAGCAUUAUCGCAAACGUAAAAUUGGUUCGAAUUUAGUUAUGAAAGCAAUCCAGGUUAUGAUCGAAUUGAAUGCCGAUGAAGUUGUACUCGAAACUGAAGUAACCAAUCGUUCGGCAUUAAUUCUAUACGAAAAUCUUGGAUUUAUACGUGAUAAACGGUUAUUUCGCUAUUAUCUUAAUGGUGUGGAUGCUUUACGUUUAAAAUUAUGGUUAAAAUAAAAUUUAAUAACAAAUUCAAA